UCCCCGCGUGCAGUCCAUACGGCACACGGCGAAGCACAACUGCUGCAAACACGAUACCCAAGUCGUUGCAAAACAAACAAGAAAUACAACAUGUCUUUGCGUACGAUAGCGGAGUUUGAGCGCUAGUGUGAAUUACACAGUAUUUACGCUAUUGAAAAAAGCAUUGAAUUGGCCCUCACAAAGGGAGAGACUAUGUCGGCAAGAUCAGACGGUGUCGGUCAAACAUAACUGAAAGUUAAUGCGAGGCAGCCAGCGUACACGAAUUACUCGCCGUUUCAACACCGCACCGAUUCAAGUGGCCGUGAAAUCGCGCACGAAACCUCGACUGAACGACAAGGCUUAUCGGCUGAAGUGGGUUAGUGAAGAUGUUUUAGUGCUAAUCGCCGUGACAACUCAUCACCACUUGAGUCUGUCAGCUUAUUUAGGUAAUUUGACAGGUAAUUACUGCCGCUUUAGUAAUCAAAUCAAGCAUAUUUGGCCUCUCAUUGUGCCCCCGAAGAAUCAGCGUAUGCGAGCCUGGCGUGGAAACACCGGUAAGCAAUUCACCCCCCGUCGCUCUACCCGCAGACAGGCGUAUGAGUACAGAGAGUUCGAGGCUCGCCAAUCAUAGGAGACUCGAGAUAGUCAGUUGUAGACGUGCAGCGAACAGCACCCGGCGAGUUUGGAGCGAGCAACUACGAGGGAUACAAAGAUACAUACGAAAUGAUGCAGUCUAACCGCAGCUUUUGCAUCGAAUCUUUGAUUGCAAAUCGGGACAAGUUCUCGCCAAAAUAUGCGCGAGACGAUGCCGAGUUAGACGAUGAAGCCAGCUCGGACUUAAGCGACCCAGAGAGCCCAAGGAUAGCGCAACAAACUACCCCGUUUUCCGUGAACGACAUACUCAAUCCGGACAAGUUCACGCGAGAGAGAAGCCAGUCAGAAAGUCCACCGAACUCCGAUACAAAGAAGGUGGUCUGGCAUCCGUGGAUGUCAGCAACCCGUUACAACAGGCCGCAGAAAAUCAUGCAUGGCGUCGAGAAAAGAAAGAGUCAGGACGAAUUGAGUGCGGACGAGAUUGAGAAGGAGAGCGAAGAUUCAGAUUCGUCCGACGAGACGAAAUCAAAUUCGGCAAAGAAGAGAAAACGAUCAGCCGACCGAAACGGGAAGGAGGGUAAACCACGUCGUGCAAGAACAGCUUUUACUUAUGAACAAUUAGUCGCGUUGGAAAACAAGUUUAAAACGACGCGAUACCUUUCGGUUUGUGAACGUUUGAAUCUUGCCAUGUCGCUAAGUUUGACCGAGACACAGGUGAAAAUCUGGUUCCAAAAUCGUCGAACAAAAUGGAAGAAACAGAAUCCUGGAAUGGACGCGACCGCUCCGACAAGACCUAUCAUGGCACCGCCAACGUUACCUCAUUGUGGUUCACCAUACAUUUUGAACUCACAACAUCAUUUUUUUCCGACAAGUUGUUCGACAGCCAUUCCGUUUAUGUUCGCAAAGCCACAGCCGGCCUAUCCUGCACAUUUUUAAGGGCGAAGGAAUUGUGCCGACACAGGCAGAAUGGAAGAAAACGCUAUGUACAUCCUCGCCAGAAUUCGACAGUUUGCUUUACAACCGACAAUCUAUGGCCUAGUUUGCUUUGCGUUUCGCCAAUUUCUGCAAAGCCGGGGCGAUGCUUUUCGGUGUACAAAGGUUGAUGCGGUAUGUGUUGGAAUAGUCCUGCUUCAAAACAUAGCUUUUGUGAUGGUAAACAUUAUAAUUCAAUUUUAAAAAACUGGAUAUAAGCUGAAAUAGGCUGUCCUGUAUGCUGGAUUUGAUUUCUAGAGUGUUUGAAGAGAACAGAAUUAUAAUAUGCCGGCUACAAGGCGUGGAGGGAAAAUUUACGAUCAUUUCUCACUUCAAGAGCAUGAAAGUUAUCCGUGAAAGAUACCAUGGGUAUAAAAAUGAAUUUCAUUUCUCUUUCGUGUGAAUAUAGAUAUAUCUUGCUGAAGAUAUAUAUUCAAAUUCUGAAGUAAGCCAUAUUUUGCAACUAAAAUCUUUUCGUAACGCAUCACUUUUCAUGCUGAAAGUUUGUUAAAAAUUGUAAAUUUUCUUCUCGCCUUAUGCGGUAUUUCAAGCGACCGAGAAAUUGUAAAACCAAAGCUUAAACUCGCACAGAUCAUUUGAAGGACAAUAGAAGAGAAGGUUCGUCCAACGAACAAUGGCGUCGCCAAAAAGAUGUACAUAAUGUGUAUUUUAAAGUAUGAAUUUUAUACAGAAAUCGGAGCAAUUGAAAGUGUUUUGUACAGACAAAAUUAGGACAAGUAAAUUAUAUAAACAUGUACCUAGCGAUUCAGAACUGAUCGUCAACGUUCAAACAUACAACCACAUGGGGUUGAAAAUUUAACAGACCAUCUCCAUUCGCAUAGUGGCAUUUCGCGAAUAAUCACUGUAAAUAAAUUUUUUGUACAAAGCUAUUUUGUCGAAGUUGGUGGUCUUUUACAUUCGCUCGUCAUGCAAGCGCGCCAUUUUAUAAAAGUACCGUCAAAACAAGACUAAAUGUGUGUGUGUGCAAAGUUGCAUAUGGUUGGUUUUUGUGUGGGCAGACAAAAAUAACCCAUUUUCUGUAUGAUACUAAAAGCGA